CUACCGCUUGGCUCUCUAUCAAACCGAUAACACCCCGCGCAUUCUAUGAUUAGGAUCUGUGUGGUCUCAUUAUUUCUUAAGAAUUUUCAUUUUCAUUUUGCUCUUUUUUUUUUUUUUUUUUGGCGGGAGUUUCUCGUUUCUGCUCUCUCCCUCUAGUGGUUGCUAGGGCAAAACCUCUCUCUGUUUCUCUGUAAUUUUUGGGGGAAAAUAUUGUGCUUCAGAUUUUUUGGUUAUGGAGGAACCAGCUGAAACAUCGACUCGCCGCGCCAAAAGAAGUAGGGCUCAGACUCAGAACGCUGAGAAUCAAGGAGGAAAAGCGAAUGGUACUGAUGGCGACCAUGACAGGGUCAGCGAUGCCAGUGAGAGGGUGGACCGCGAGAGUUCGCCUGAUGAUUUCGAAGAGACUCGUCCCAGAGCUAAGCGAAGUCGCCCUGAGGAAGGAGCUUCAGACGCAACUCAUAAAGCCACCGCUCAGAACUUGAUUGAGGUUAUUAAAGGCAAUGGCAAACUUAUUCCUCAAGCAGUGAAGUUGUGGGUUGAGCAAUAUGAAAGUGAUCCAAAAUCUGCAAUAGUCCAACUCUUGACAAUGCUUUUUGAGGCAUGUGGCGCCAAGUACUAUAUUAAAGGAGAGUUCUUAGAUGAGACUGAUGUGGAUGAUGUGGUGGUUGCUCUGGUUGAUCUUGCUAGAAGAGGGCAGGUUGAAGAUUACCAAAGUUCAAAAAGGAAGGAGUUUAAGAAUUUCAAAGAUAAUCUUCAAUCAUUUUGGGAUGUUUUGGUCCGUGAGUGCCAACAUGGGCCAUUGUUUGAUCAGGUUUUGUUUGACAAGUGCAUGGACUAUGUAAUUGCUUUGUCAUGCACUCCCCCAAGAGUCUACCGUCAAGUUGCUACAUUUAUGGGUCUCCAACUUGUCACAUCCUUCAUAACUAUUGCUAAAAUGCUUGGUGCUCAACGAGAAACUACUCGUAGACAGUUAGAUGCUGAAAAGAAAAAACGUGCUGAGGGGCCUCGUGUGGAGUCACUGAACAAAAGGUUCUCGAUGACUCAUGAAAAGAUAACAGCACUAGAGGAGAUGAUGCGCAAAAUAUUCACUGGGUUAUUCAUGCAUCGUUACCGGGAUAUUGAUCCAAAUAUUCGGAUGUGUUGCAUAGAAUCACUUGGGGAGUGGAUUUUCUCUUACCCUUCACUGUUCUUGCAAGAUUUAUACUUGAAAUAUCUUGGAUGGACACUGAAUGAUAAAAGUGCUGGUGUUAGAAAAGCUUCUGUCCUUGCAUUGCAAAAUCUAUAUGAGGUGGAUGAUAAUGUGCCAACUCUUGGUCUGUUCACAGAAAGAUUUUCUAAUAGGAUGAUUGAACUUGCUGAUGAUAUUGACAUUUCUGUGGCUGUAUGUGCCAUAGGCCUUGUAAAAGAACUGCUAAGGCAUCAGCUUCUGCCUGAUGAUGACUUGGGUCCUUUAUAUGAUUUGCUUAUUGAUGAUCCACCAGAGAUCAGGCAUGCUAUAGGAGCAUUAGUCUAUGAUCACUUAAUUGCUCAAAAAUUUAAUAGCUCCCAAUCUAGCUCAAAAGGUGAUGGAAGCGGUUCGUCUGAGGUUCAUCUUGGUAGAAUGUUGCAGAUACUAAGAGAGUUUUCCACAGAUCAAAUUCUAAGCAUCUAUGUCAUUGAUGAUGUUUGGGAGUACAUGAAAGCCAUGAAGGACUGGAAGUGUAUCAUCUCCAUGCUUUUGGAUGGGAAUCCAUUGAUUGAGCUUACUGAUGAGGAUUCAACGAACUUGGUACGACUUCUUGGUGCGUCUGUCAAAAAGGCUGUUGGUGAGAGGAUAGUCCCUGCUACUGAUAAUCGAAAGCAAUAUUACACUAAAGCUCAAAAAGAGGUAUUCGAAAACAACAGAAAGGAUAUAACUAUUGCCAUGAUGAAGAAUCUCCCCUUGCUUCUACGCAAAUUCAUUUCCGACAAGGCAAAAGUAUCAUCACUAGUUGAUAUUAUUGUGCAUAUGAAUCUUGAGCUUUAUUCUCUUAAGAGGCAAGAGCAGAAUUUCAAAAAUGUCCUUCAACUGAUGAAAGAGGCAUAUUUUAAGCAUGGUGAGAAGGAGGCUAUACGAUCUUGUGUGAAAGCUAUUAACUUUUGUUCCACAGAGAGUCAAGGAGAGCUACAAGAUUAUGCCCGUACCAAGUUGAAGGAACUGGAGGAUGAGAUCAUUGCUAAGCUUAAAUCUGCUCUGAAAGAAGUGGCGGAUGGUGGUGACGAGUAUUCUCUUCUUGUAAAUUUAAAAAGAUUGUAUGAGCUUCAGUUGUCAAGGGCUGUCCCAAUUGAAAGCUUGUAUGAAGAUUUUGUCCUAACUCUUCAAAGUUUUAGAACCAUGGAUGAUGAGGUUGUCAGUUUUCUGCUUCUGAACAUGUAUAUGCAUUUGGCCUGGUCUCUGCAAUUGAUCAUAAGCAAUGAGACUGUCACUGAGCCAUCAUUGUCGUCUCUAUUACUGAAAAGAAAUACUCUUUUUGAGCAACUAGAGUACUUUCUUAACAGCCCUUCUGAAGUGGAAGGAGUGAGCAAUCAUGGUAAUCUGCUAGCCUGCAGGGUUUGUACUAUACUUGCAGAAUUAUGGUUUUUGUUCAGAAAGACAAAUUUCUCUUCAACAAAGCUGGAAAGAUUAGGAUAUUGUCCAGAUGUGUCAGUUCUACAAAAGUUUUGGAAACUCUGUCAGCAACAGCUCAAUAUUUCAGAUGAGACAGAAGAUGAAGAUGCAAAUAAAGAGUAUGUUGAGGAGACAAAUAGAGAUGCAGUCAUGAUUGCUGCUGCAAAGUUGGUUGCUAGUGAGACAGUUUCUAAGGAAUAUCUUGGUCCAGAGAUCAUUUCGCACUUUGUUAUGCAUGGAACAAGUGUAGCAGAGAUUGUUAAGCAUCUGAUUACCGUUCUAAAGAAAAAAGAUUGCGAUCUUCCCAACAUCUUUCUGGAAGCUCUUAAAAAAGCGUACCAUCGGUAUAUGGUUGAACAUAUCAAGGGGGAUGAUGAAUCAUUAGCUAACAAGUAUUUUCAAGAAUGUAAAGAACUUGCUGCUCGGCUUUCUGGAACAUUCAUUGGUGCUGCUCGGAAUAAGCAUAGAUUGGACAUUUUAAAAAUUGUCAAGUAUGGAAUUGAACAUGCUUUCAUAGAUGCUCCAAAGCAAUUGUCUUUUCUCGAAGGCUCAGUUCUCCAUUUUGUAUCCAAACUGCCUACACCUGACAUCCUGGACGUUAUGAAAGAUGUCCAAAAACGUACAGAGAGUGUAGAUACAGAUGAAGAUCCAAGUGGCUGGCGCCCCUAUUACACCUUUGUUGACAACUUACGUGAAAAGUAUGCAAAGAAUGAAGGUUUCCAAGUUGGAGAUGAAAAAGAAGGGAUGACUGUAAGGAAAAGGGGUCGUCCACGAAAACAGCGUAACAUACAGGGAAAGAAACUCUUUGAUGAACACAGUUCAAGUGAGGAAGAGGAUUCAAUAAGUGUAUCUGAUCAUGAAGAUGCUCAAGAGGAACAGAAGCAAGAUGAUGAGGUGGAGGAAGAUGCUCCUUUGAUAAAUUCAAUUAGGUCAUCAUCCAAGUUGAGGUCAUUAAGAGUUUCAAGAGAAGAAAAAAAAGCUUGAUUAGUACAUGAGAUUCAGGAAGAGCAAAGGAUAAUAAUUUAACAGCUUCUAGAACAUCAGGGUCCUCAAGUCAGAACUGUAAAUUGCAGCAUUUGUGUAUGUUUCAAGGCACAGCAUUUUGUAUAGGUUUUGUAAGAUAAGAUUGUUUUCAUAUAAUCGAGUUUUGCAGUGGGUUGUCAGGGUGGUGUCUAGUGGGGGAUGGAGAAUGUAAUCUUUAAUUUGUACAAAUUGGCGUAUCAGUUAUACCUGUCUUAAUGCGCUGGCGUUUUCAAAUCUCAGCAUAUCCAACCAUCAUUUUCA